CGCCUUCUGCUGACAAGUUGCACAUGACGAUGCUCCGCUGAACGGGAACCCCCGUGGCCGCCUGCUAGUUUUUCCUCGUCGAUCGAUAAUAAUAAUGCUCAGUCAUUCUUGCUCGCAGAUGGGAUUGGAAAUGAUACAUGAUUCGGUUCGUCGGCAGCACAACGAUGCUCGAAUCAACGGCGUCUCUCCAAAACCAGCAGAUGCUUCGACACAAAUGCCCACGCCCACACCCGCAGCAUCAUCGAUGCGACGCACGCUCCCAGACAUCUGCUUCGAGAUUCGGAACAAGAUUGAUGCUUUUCUCUGCGAGGAGACCGAUGACGAUGUCUUGCGCAAGGUGCAGAACCAGGUCAGGGUGUCGAUCGACGUGAUCGGGGAGGCGCUGCGCCGCUAUGGGCUCGAACAUGUUUCACUCUCAUAUAAUGGCGGCAAGGACUGUCUGGUCCUCCUGGUCCUCAUCAUGGCUUGCCUGCCAGCGUGGGCUUCUUCGUCUCGCCCCUCGCCCCCCGAUUUCGAUGUCACGACCAUGAGCACGCCGCCGCAAGCACCAACCUCCGAAUCCGCAGUUUCGUCGAACGCCGCUCCCACCACCCGACCGCUUCAGGCGAUAUACAUUGUCUCUCCCCAUCCAUUUGCCGAGGUGGAAGACUUCGUGUGCUCGUCCGCGGAGCAAUACCAUCUCGACCUCAAACGCUACGCGUUGCCUAUGCGACCUGCUCUCGAGGCGUAUCUGAAGGAUAGGCCGGCCGUCAAGGCAAUAUUCCUGGGAACAAGGCGGACAGAUCCCCACGGUGAGUUUCUGUCGCAUUUCAAUCCGACAGACGAAGGCUGGCCGCAGUUCAUGCGCGUCCACCCCGUGAUUGACUGGCAUUACGUUGAAAUAUGGGCGUUCAUUCGACAUCUUGGCAUACCGUUUUGCGAGCUGUACAAUCGAGGUUUCACGUCUCUUGGCGGCGUGACUGACACUCGCCCGAACCCGGCACUGGCAGUUAGAGGAGAGGCAUCAAAGUUCCGCCCGGCGUACGAGCUCAGGGAUGACGAUGAAGAGCGCCUAGGGCGGGAUUAGAAGGAGGUGGCCGUACAGGUUCUGAGUCAGGGGUGCCAGACUUGGAGGAAUCGGCAAAGUCCUUACUGCUUGGAUCGCUUUACGGUUUGUAUAAAGUGUUCCGUUGACAAACAAAUAAGGGCAUCGGGACAGAGUUGGCCCGCCAAGUUGUCAGCGGAAGACUCAAACACUGGGUUACGGAAGGGGGCUGUCCCCGGACGCAUGCAAUUUACUUUGUAGAGCAUAGAACAUGAUAGAUGGCGCCUUGAGUUGGCCAGGUCUAGCACCGAAUCUCGAGUUUCUUUUGAGCCUACCACCCGAUCAUGCUUGGCCGUGUUGGGAGA